GCAUCAUGGGGGGCGGUGACGUCAUCGGGGGGCGCGGGGAGGGCAGUGACGUCAUCGGUGGGCACAAGGGUGUCACUGUUGGGUGUGGGAGGGUCAAUGUUGGGUGUGAUGACGUCAUCAUUGGGUGUGAUGACAUCAUCAGUGGGCACCAGGGUGGCACCGUUGGGUGUGGGAGGGUCAAUGUUGGGUGUGAUGAUGUCAUCAGUGGGUGUGAUGACGUCAUCGUUGGGCACCAGGGUGGCACCGUUGGGUGUGGGAGGGUCAACGUUGGUCAUGGUGACGUCAUCAUCGGGCACCAGGGUGGCACCGCUGGGUGUGGUGACGUCAUCGUUGGGGGCGAUGACGUCAUCGUUGGGCUCGAGGACGUCAACGUUGGUCACGGGGACGUCACCGCUGCCCGGGGUGACGUCAUCGCACGGGACGGGGAUGGUGCCACCGCCCGGCGCGGCCCCAAGGCCAACGAUGACGUCCCCAAGGCCAACAAUGACGUCCCCAUGGUCAACUUUGACAUCCCCAUGACCAGUGUUGAUGUCCCCAUGGUCAACAGUGACGUCCCCAACGUUGACGUCCCCAUGGCCAACGUUGACACCCCCAAUGUUGACACCCCCAACGUUGGCAUCCCCAUGGUCAACCUUGAUGCCGCCAUGACCAACCUUGAUGUCCCCAUGGCCAACAUUGACAUCCCCAUGGCCAAUGUUGACGUCCCCAUGGCCAAUGUUGACGUCCCCAUGGCCAGUGUUGAUGUCCCCAAGGCCAACCUCAAUGUCCCCAAUGUUGACAUCCCCAAAGCCAACCUUGACGUCUCCAAGGCCAACGUUGACACCCCCAAUGUUGACACCCCCAACAUUGGCAUCCCCAAGGCCAACAUUGGCAUCCCCAAGGCCAACAUUGACAUCCCCAUGGCCAAUGUUGACGUCCCCAUGGCCAGUGUUGAUGUCCCCAAUGUUGACAUCCCCAAAGCCAACCUUGACGUCUCCAAGGCCAACGUUGACAUCUCCAAGGCCAACGUUGACAUCUCCAAGGCCAACGUUGGCACCCCCAGUGUUGACACCCCCAACAUUGACGUCCCCAUGGCCGUUGACUUCCCGGCGGGCGCCGACCUCACCGGUUACGUCCUCCCCGGUGCCGCCACCAACGUUGACCCCGGUGCCCCCGCCGGCAGCGCCGGGUACCUGCUGUCGGGGUGCGACGUGUACGUGACGCGGGAGCCGUGCGCGCUCUGCGCCAUGGCCCUGCUGCACACGCGUGUGCGACGCGUGUUCUACCACAAACCCGCCCCCCAGGGCGCCCUGGGCACCCGCUACGGCCUCCACGGGCACCCCCGGCUCAACCACCGCUACCGCGUCUACGGGGGCGUCGUCCCGCGCUGCCCACGCGCCGGGAACACCUGCACUGGGAGCACUGGGAGCACUGGGAGUGCUGGGAGCGCUGGGAGUCAGUGACUGGGAGCACUGGGAUUGGUCACUGGGGGCACUGGUGGCACUGGGCACCCCCGGCUCAACCAUCUCCAGUGCAUUGACGGGGGGGUCACCUCCUGGGAUCCCUGGACCAGUAAAACCUGUACUGGGAGCACUGGGAUCACUGGGAGUACUGGGAUUCGGUGACUGGGAGCACUGGGAUCAGUCACUGGGAGCACUGGGAUCAGUCACUGGUGGCACUGGGCACCCCCAGCUCAGCCAGUGCUACUGGGUCUAUGGGGGGGUCACCCCACUGUGCCCCCACACCAGUAAAGCCUGUACUGGG